UGGUGGAGAAAGUCUCUGUUUGUCUCUCCCUAUAUUUUCUCCCCCAAAAAAUUACAGAGCACCACAAAUUCUUCCUCCCCAGUCUUCUCUCUUAUGGCGACUCAGUUCCCUGCCGAUUUCAAGUGCCCGAUUUCUCUGGAAAUAAUGUCCGACCCGGUUAUACUCCCUUCGGGUCACACCUUCGACCGGCCCAACAUCCAACGCUGGCUCGACGCCGGCCACCGCACUUGCCCACUUACCAAACUGCCCCUCCCCGACCACCCCUCCCUAAUCCCCAACCACGCCCUCCGCAGCUUGAUUUCCAAUUAUACCCUCCCCUCUUCUCCUCAAUUACACAAUAACCACCGCCUCCCCCAGAGCCAGAGCCAGAGCCAGAGCCAGCAGAGUCAGCCCCAAAGCCUAAUCUCGACGCUGACUUCGGCGUCGUCGAGCCUCGACUCCAAGCUCGAGUCGCUCGACCGGCUCAACCGGAUGUCGAAGCGGGACGCGGCGUUCCGCGCCAAGCUGACGGAGUCGGGCGCGGUCGCCGCCGUGCUCAAGUGCGUGGGCUCCGACGAGCCGAGCCUGCAGGAGAAGGCUCUGACUUUGCUGCUGAAUGUGAGCUUGGACGACGACAACAAGGUGGGGCUGGUGGCGGAGGGGGCGAUUGCUAGAGUCGUGGCGGUGCUGCAGACCGGCUCGCCCAACAGCCGCGCCGUGGCGGCGACGAUGUUGACCAGCUUGGCCGUCGUGGAGGUCAACAAGGCCACAAUCGGGACCUAUCCGUACGCUAUUCGCGCCCUGGUGUCCCUACUCCGGGACGGUAAAGGAAGAGAGAAGAAGGAGGCGGCGACGGCGCUGUAUGCUAUCUGUUCAUUUCCGGAUAACCGGCGGCGGGCGGUGGAGUGCGGCGCGGUUUCUAUUUUGAUCCGAAUCGCGGAUUCGGGUUUGGAGCGGGCCGUUGAGGUUUUGGGCCUACUGGCGAAAUGCAAGGACGGUAGAGAAGAAAUGCAGAGGUUUAGUGGAUGCGUGAGGAUUUUAGUCAGGGUUUUAGAGAAUGGGAGCUCCAGAGGAGUUCAGUAUGCUCUGCUUACACUGAGCUCGCUUUGCCAUUUUAGUCAGACGAUGCGAACCGAAGCAAGAAUGGAAGGAGCGUUGGCGAUUUGUAUGCGUUUAGUUGAAGAUGAUAACGAAAAGAUUAGGAAAAAUGCUUCUUAUUUGAUCCAGGUUCUGGAUGGGAAUCAUUCCAUUCCAUAAUGUAUUGAGUUUCGGAAGCGUGAAAAGAGGUCGGCUUUUGCGGGUUAGAGGUGGGUUUCAUCAGUGGAGGAUUGGAUACUAAAUUGUCAAGUCGGAAAUUUGAGUGCUGCAUUUUAUGAUCUGGAAUGAAGAUCCUGCUAAUCAUGUUGGUUCAUCUGGUACGAAAAGGCUCAUUUUCAGUCUCUGUUUGGUUGGUACCUGGGUCCCCUUGAAAGCUUAAUGAAUGAUGUAUGUGCAUACAUUAUUAGAAUCAGCAGCAAAGAUUGAACUGGGCCUGGUUGGAUAUUCAUUGGGCGUCCAACACUGAAGUGGGCUUGAAUAUUCCAUGUUUGAGAUUGAGAAUUCGAGAUCAUGCUUAUGACGCAUGCAUUUUGAUAGAGAAUUUGACCAACUCCAUUAACAAACAUCUAUAUCACAAAGUGGUGGAGGGACCUGAAUUCUGAGAUGGACAGUCUUUGACCGGUGAAGAGUGGUGGUAUUGGUGGUUAACCAAAACAAGCGCACUGUAGCUCUACCGUUUGCUGUGGGUUGUGAUUUGUGAACAGUGAAACCCUGCAUUGUUUAAUGAGGAAGAAAAGCUCAUACAAACACAUGCUGAGUGUCUUCUCGGAUGAGAACAACCACCAACAAAAAGCAGAGGCAUGAUUGUGGAGUGGAUUUAGGGCUUCAGCGCUACUCUAGUUCGUCGAGCUUAUUAAAUGAAAAAGUAAAGAGAACGAGUGUUAUCCUGACAUCUGUAUCAAAUCAUAUUUCUUUCGGUCGAUGAAAUCGUUAUAUGUGAUGGAGUUGGUAAGAGACUAGAUGUGCGGUUCAAUACAACAGUUUGGGUCACGCUGACACUGGCUGAAGUUUAAAUCUCAGCAUGUUCUUGAUUACAGAGGGGAGGAACAUAAGUUUAUCUCUCGUCAGUCCCCUGUCUCUUUCUCUAACAAAAAUACUACUAGUUUCUCAUUGAUUUGAUAGCGAGGUUCCCAUCAUUGUCAUAGUUACUAGAAUUCAUAUUCAAAUAUUAAUUAACAAGGUUAAUGAUCGUCAUCGUGGGUUAUGAAUCAUGUGUGAUUAUGGCAAUGUUAUUCGAUGAGAUUUGAAGAGGGGGCAUGGAUGGUGACAUGGUGUUAUCAGAACAGAGAGGCACGCUUCAAGACAGGCC